CUCAUGACUCAGGCCGAGUGCGACAUGCCCAAGGAGCUGAUGGUACAUGACAACCAGCUUCCCCUCGAUCUCGACGAGGAGGCCCGGCUGGAAGCGGAGCUGGACGACGAAGCCCAGGCAGAGCUGGAUACUGUGGAGCAAGACAACCAGGAGAACAAACUCGCGGAGGAGCUGGAGAACGCACUUCUUGACGAUGAAGAGAAUCCUCCUGAGAUGGAAGAUGCUGGCGCCCCUGCCAAUCAUCUCGAACAAACCCAGGGAUACGACUCGCCAGAGCCCCAGAUCCUUCCGCCAGAGGAUAUGUCAGGUCAAGAUGGGGAUCCAGAAAUUCUCAUGCCGGUAUGAUCCCUACUCUAACCCUGAAAGAGACCCCCUCUCCUUCCUCCCGAGGCUGUUUCUUGAAACGUCCACCAGGGUGACGACAAUCAUGCGGACAGUCACGGAGAAGUGUAUGAUCACGGGGACGAGACUCAAGUCACUUUCGUUCCCGCCGAUGACCUCGGGGAUAGGGCUACUCCAGACGUGAACGCCGAAACAGACAACAUGAGUAUGGAAGGAGACGUGAUGGGUCAAGACACGCAAUCUCUCAGUCAAGAACCACAAGACGAUGUCAGAGGAUUUUCCCAAGAAGCCUCCGCAGAGCAACAGGAGGCAGAUCAAGAUCAGGACAUGCUUGACGGUCUGGAUGACAUGGUUGAAGAGGAGACUGUGGAGCAGGCAGUGGGAGGACAAGAACAGCAAGAGGAGCAGGCAGUGCAGGAAGGAGGCGAGUUUGAUGGACAUGGAGAGGAACCAAGGCAUGGGGAGCAAGUGGAUGAAGGAGCGGGGGAGAGUCCAGCGGCUGCUGCUGCUCCUGAGGAGCCCAAGGAGUUGACAGAAGAGCAGAAGAUGUUGUUAGAGGAGAUGAACACGCUUAAGGCGAAGAUACAAGAGCUGGAGGAGGAGUAC